CCUUGCCUUCCACCAUGAUUGUGAGGCCUCCCAGCCACAUGGAACUAUAAAGCCAGUGAAAGAAGGAGUUCCCCCCUUUACUGUUGCUCCUCUAUCAAUCCCACUUCUGUUCAUGGAACUUUUUAAAUAUAUAGAAGGUUACAGUGGAGGAAGAAAUCAGAAAUCACCCGGCUCCACAUUCAGCUUUCAGGAUCUUAUUUCCAUUGAGGCCAAUGGGUAAUGCAUGUGGUAAGACCCAGGACUGAGCAGGAGGGACCCCGCUGGCUGGCUGAAUGAUUUGUGGUGGUUCAGAGGCCGCCUCUAGCUUCCCAGGACAGCCAGCCAUGCAGCCCGUGGGCAGGAAGCGCAGCAGGAUGGCUGCCAAGGACCAGUUGGAGGCUCAAGUUACAGUCGCCCAGGAAAUGGAGCUUGCGGGUAAACACAGUCCAAGGGGAUAUGGAAGAAGGUGCACGCCUGACGGUCUGCCUGCUUUCUGCGCUGGGGGCACACGGGCAGCCCGAGGCCCCCGACCCCUUCGUGGCUUUGGAGUCCACCGAAAGGCUCCAGUAAGUUAUGAGCAUGAGGAAAGAAAACCUGUUACAGAGACAAAGAAGGGAGAUGUAACUGAUGAGCAUCAGGAAAGAGAACCUUUUGCUGAAACAGAUGAACACGUGGGGGUUGAUACCAAGGAGCUAGAAGAUAUUGCAGCUGACAUUAAAGAGGAUCUUGCUGCAAAGAGAAAAAGGAUUGAAAAGAUUGCAAAAGCUUGCAGUGAAAUAAAGAAUAGAGUUAAAAACGUUUUGAGAACAAUGCAACUAAAAAGGCAGAAACAUGAUUACAGAAUUUCUCUGAAGUUGCCGAAUGUCCUUGAAGAGUUCACCACAGAUGAGCAGAAAGAUGAGGAAGGAGAAGGAGAAAAGGAAGAACAAAUUGUUGAAGAUAUUUCAAGAGCAACAAAAGAGGUGGCAACAAGAUAAGGAAGGAACUGAAAGAGAUUGAGCCAUCACACGAGCAAUUCACAAAGGGUGGAAGAAAAAAUUCUCCAUUGAGAGAAGGGAAGGAAAAUACAGGAAAAAGAACCAUUCUUUGAAGGCACCUAUUGUCCAAUUCAUGAGGAAGAGCUUGUAGUUCUGAGUUGCACAAGCAUGCUUUAGUUGUUUUUCUGUAGGAUACUAGAGGAGGUUAAAUGUUUCACGAUAGCUGUGUCCUCAGACCCAGUGUAGGAGAUGGGUAAAAAAAUGUUGAUUGGAUAAAUGUGUUACUUUGCUAGUUCAUACCUCUCUGAACCUAUCUUGAAGCUGCUGUGGGGAAAAUUUCUCCAUCUUUUCUUUGUUCUGUCACCAUUCAAUCUAUUCAUCUAUUGCUUGAGAAUGUUUUUGCAAUAACAAAUCUUUGAGGUUUGGAAACCAGCUGUGAUUAGUUUAAGAACUCUUGGUCCUACCCAAUUUCAGCCUGUGCUGGGGUGUCUAUUUCCUUUGUAAAUUAAGGCUGCCUCCCCGUCUGCUGAUUACUGGGGCUGAUUGGUUGUGCCCUGCAUUUCACUGGAGCCCCUGUCUGUUCUUUGGCUCACCUUCCCCCGCCCUUCCUUAUUUGUAAAGCCCUGAAGGAGGCAAGUUUCCUUUGAAUGUCAUUAACACUUUGUAAUUAGCUAGGAAGCCAAGGAGAAUACCAAAUGUCCCUUUCCCACCACGGGGCAGACUGUUUUGUUUUCUCUUCUGAACCCCAAGCAGGAACUGGCUAAGAUAUGAUGGCCCCUCCACACGAAGAGUGACUGAUUUCAUUGGGAAGUGAAAUUUGCAUGACACCAUCAGAAGCUCUUGACCCGUCAGACUCAGAACUCAGCAAGCUUUUCUUUCCCAUUAAUCCAUGGUUAAUGCCUUUGUGCUGCAUAGUUUAUUCAGUCCACAGCUCCCUCCUCAAACAUAAACCACUAAAGGACCAUGGAUUCACAGGAAUUACAAUAAGACUACUGAGAGGCAGAGAGCGGAAAGCCCUGGGCUUUGGUGUCAAGCAGACCCAGGUUCAGGAGGAAGCAGGGAUAAUAUAUACUUUUUUUUUAAGUCAGGUUGUGAGGUAUAAUUUACAUAUAGUAAAUUUCCCCCUAAGGCGUGGCAUUUGGAAUUGCACUUUUCUAUAAUCUGUGAAGGAAAUUGCACUGAGUUCAGAGCCAGGAAACAUGGGUCUUGCUCCCAUCCCCCCAGCCAUUGUCAAUGAAUAGCUCUGAACUCUGCAUCAUCUGUAAAAUGUGUGAGUUGAACUAGGUGACAGUGAGGUCCCCUCUGCAUUGUAAGAAGUCUGUUGUUUUAUAUUUUAAAUGAAUGAAACAAACAAAAUAACUUGUCUUCCCAAAAUAUAUUCAAGAAUCUCAUGAUUGAAGUUCACUGUUGAAAUAACUAAGCUUCUUCUACAGUUCAAACUUAUUUUUACAGUUGCUGCUGGAAGAAUUUCUAAGCAUAUUGGGAUAAACAGUUCCCACUUGCUGAUCCUAAACUAACCAGUGGCCCUUGCUCCCCCCACCCCAGGUCACCCUAGUCCUCCAGUCGGCUGAGGCAGUGGGAACAGGAAAUCAAGUCUCUCAGAAAGUUCAGGCUGCCUUGAAUGGCUGCCAGAUUACCCUGGAGGAGAAGCUCCGGAGGCAGGCGGGAAAGGCCCCCCUCCUCUAGUUACAGAAACUCUCUCCUUACACUCCUCUCUUAAAACUACCUAAACUUAAAUGCAAAAACAUUUCUGCAGAGAGGAAAGUGCCCAACAUUCUCUGGUUAUGGAUUGGGGGCCCUGUUUCAUCAGUUUUUGAUCAAGGCAUUUUGACUUGAUUGAACUUUCAGAUUGCUCUAGCCUUGUCUCUCCUCCCCCAAACCAAACAAAUGAGUGCUUGGAAUGAGUGAAGCACACACAUUCCUGGAUCCAGAUUGAUAUCUGGAACUGGAAUGUGACAUUUACCAGUGUAAUGUGCUGAGAUUUAAGUUUAUGGAGAGUAUUCUUCCCAGGUAAACCUCUGUGGCCUCACUCCUGCAGUUGGGGGAGAAAAAUGUGGCAGCCACUUUCUGGCCUUUCUCCUGCAGGUGAGCACAAAAGCUUAAGACAUACAUACCUGCAGGGGAUGUAGGAGAGUGUCCAGUGGAAGGAUGAUCUCAUUCCCUAAUACCUGACCAUUCAUGGCAGCCUCUGUUUCUCUGAAGUCCUGUUGGAAGUUGAUUUCCAUGGGGCCUUUGUAAGUGUGACUAAGAAAACCAUGCUAAAGUCUACAUUCAGUCCAGUUUGCAGGAGCUGUUUGGAAUCCGGGCUGCAUUGUUAGGAUGAUGCCUGUUGGCUCUUUAUCCUGUUCUAUUAUUUCUAAAUCACACGUGUUGACUUCUAACAUACUAAUAAUUUUUGUUUUUAUUGUGUUUGCCACCUGUCUCCUCUCAUUAGAAUGUAAGAGAUGCAUGUCUCUUUUCUUCAUUAUUGUAUCCCCAGUGCCUAGCACUGUGCCUGGGACCUAGUAAGAGCUUAAUUAAUAUUUGCUGAAUAACUUAAAUGAACAAGUGAAUGAAUGAUCCCUAGUAGAAUCCCCUCGAAGAGAUUUUCAUUUUUGAACCAAAUCCUUGAAUAAAUUCAUAUAAAUAUUUACUGAGUCUAUGAUGUGAGUUAAACAAAAAGUACAGAAUAAAGAAAUAGGAUAAGAAUGUGUCAACUGGCUAAUCUCUCCAGGGAAGUAAUAACUCAGCACCAAAAAAUAAGCUACAUGAAGCACUACUCAGGAAUAAAAAUAAAUGAAAUAUUGACACUUAAGACAACAUGAUGACUCUUAAAAUUAUUAUGUUGCAUGAAAGAGGCUAGACUCAAAAGAUCUACUGGGUGAUUUCAUUUAUAUAAAAUUGAGUCUAUAAAAUAUAAUCUAUAGUCACAGAAAGUAGAUCAGUAGUUGCCUGGGUACUGGGAGUGGAGAGAGAGUGAUUACCAACAGGCAUGAGGAAAGUUUUAGGGAUGAUAGAUAAGUUGAUCAUCUUGAUUGUGGCGACAGUUUUACAGAUGUGUGUAUACAUCAAAACUCACCGCAUUGCACAUUUUAAACGGAUGCAGUUUAUUGUAUGUCAAUAAUGCCUCAAUAAAGCUGAAGACUGCAAAAAGAGUACAUUUUAAUGCAUCAAUCAAGAACUACCCUUUGAGUGCCCAACAGACAGUCAAACUAUUUAUUUUGAUUCUUGCUUUCCUUUUCUGUACCUCAUCAGUAUCUCAGCAGAAUUAAUUAAGUAGGCACUCAAUGAACUGGUGUUAUGAAGUAUAUUUAUGCUUGUUGUGAUACAUCUUAGGUUUUUAUUUCAGAAGCAAAAGUACCAUCACCAUGAUCCAUAGACCUUUUACUUUGUAACGAGCUUCUCCAUCUCUAUUUUCCCCAGGAUAAUUGUUUUUGCAUUGUUUUAUUAUUUAUUCAACAAGCAUGUAUUGUACUUUUUGUUUAUGGAUUCUUUUUCAAUUUCCUCUGAUCUCUUUAAAAUUCUGAUCCUGUCUUGCGAGAUGCUAAGUGCUCAACUCCCACCCUUCCAACUCCAAUCCUCUUCUCUUAAUAAGCUUAUCUUAAUAUCUAGCAAGCAGGUUUUCUCUCCCAACAUUAAGUCACUGGUAAAAUGAUGAAGAACACCAGACCCAUGAAGGAAGAUGAGGGGGAACUUCCAAGGCUGUUUACUAAGAAAGCAAACCUCUGUCAUUGAGAUCCUAUAGGUUUGCCCCAAGUAGGGGUUACAAUCUAAAAAGAGUGUGAGUUUUCACUGGCUUUCCUCUUGUUUUCUACCUAGCUAAUGAACUUGCUUCAGCUCAGGGUGAAGGGAUAUGCCAGAAGCAGG